CGCUCUUAUUCAAAAGACAAUUAGAAGGAAAUUUACGAAUUGCACAGUUCUGACCAUCGCUCACCGACUUAACACUAUUAUGGACUCCGAUAUGGUUCUAGUUAUGAGUGCUGGAUCUCUUGUUGAGUACAAUCAUCCUUACCUUCUUUUGAAAAAUUCUGACGGAAUUUUCUUCAAAAUGGUUGAACAGACUGGAAAAUCAACUGCCGAAGCUCUGCACAAAAUUGCUGCUGAAUGUUACAAAAAAUACAUAGAUGAGGAUGAUGAGGAUGAUAUCUAUAACAAACGAGCCAGCAGUGUAACAGAUCUUUAAUUUGUACGAGUUUUUCUCGUAUUACUGAUAAUUAAAUAAACAACCCCUAUUUUCACUGGAAAGUGUACCAAAACUUGAAAAAUACAAAAAUAAAAACACGUGAUGUUUUGUGAUUGUAUUUGUACAAUGUGAUAAGGAAACUAAAGAAUAUUGUUUAAGAAGAGUUAGUUAGAUCUCUUGGUUCGGUUCUUAUAAACUAUAGGGAUACAGUAUAAGGUUCACUACAAACUGUCUGAAUAUAAAGCAGUGAUUUCAUUAUUUGAAAGUGAUGCUGACAGUUUGUAAAGAAUCACACUAUAUUGCCAAUAAUUUUGGCAAUAUUUUUCAUGAUUAUUAGUAAACGUUUAUCUUUUAUGUUCCUCCUUAUUUUUCCAAUAUGUGUUUAGUUUCUUCAGUCGAUUCUCAUUUUAUGACUUAUAUCCUAGAAAAAAUGAAGAAAUUGUUUAUUUCUUAUGCAAAAAAAAAACUUUAAAAAACUUGAUUUCAUAGUUAAGACUAUAAGUGUAUUUUGAAUGUAUUCUCAAAGAUGAACGAAAUUUGCUUAGAGUUCGAAUUGAAUCGCAAUGGCUAAAUUUCCCUUUAUGUAUUACUUUAAGUUACUAGGUACCUAAAAAGUGGCUACCUUAUGCCAGUAUUUAUUAUUCGAUUUAAAUUGCAUUUCAUGCAAUAUGUAUGCAAUAGGUCUAGUGUUUGAACAGGGUUUUCCUGUAUUAUCCUAUAGGUUGGCCAAAACAAGUUAUUGACUAUCUUCAAAUGUUUCUAAUUUUUUGUUGGCCUAUGAGUGCUUUUGCAUUUAUAUAUUUAGAUUGUCCAGAUUUUGAAGGAACAGUCCCCUGGCUUCCAAAUGACCCCAUAUUAGAUCUGUAUGCAGUCUUCAACUAAAUACAGUUCAUACUGUGACUGCCUUAGUCUAUUUUGUUUCUUGAUGAAAUUUAAAUCUAUAUGUAAACAAAUAUGUGUUUUGUAUAGACGAAUAAAGGAAAUUGGCAUUGUAAAAAUUAAAGAUUUUGUUGCACUGUUAAAUUGAAAUAUAUUUUUUCAGAAAAUUAUUAUCAAUAUUGUUUUAUUCAAUAUUUUUGUAUUUUUACAAGAAAUAUUAUAUCUUGAACUCACUAGACCAAAUGAUAAUACCCUUGAAAACUAAAUUUAUUGCUCUCAUUUAAUUGUAAGUUUGGUUUAAUUCUUCUUGUAGUAUAAUUUGUAGAUCUUUUGUGUUCUUCGAUAGUAGACAUUUCUUAGAUAAUCUCAGCUUUAUAUUGUUCAAACAGAAACAAUUUCUUUUUUUGUCAUUUUUGGUAGUAAAAUUAUGUAGAUAAUGGAUGUUGUGGAAUAAAUUCAAUAUUUAAGAGAAGUUUAAUGUUAUUCUAUAAUGUGAGCAAGUUUAUUCAUGACCCAUGCAUAUUUAAAAUUGGCAGAACAGAAUCUUGCGAUGGUAGUACAACAAAUUAAAAUUCUAAAUUAUUGAUGAAUUAAAUAUAAUUUAUAAUUGAAGAUUUCAGGUGUGAUAUUAUUAGACAUCUUCAAUUGGCGUUUACUGUGUUUCAUUAUUGUUAACAAUCUGAUCUUAAUUCUCAGUAACUUACACAAGCCAAUAUUGUAAUCUAUAUUAUAGGUAUAUAUUAUUAUUCAUCCAACAGUACAACUCUUAAUUAAUUUUUAUCUCUUCUAGCGGUUGUAGAUUUAUUCUUUUAUUUUCUAUACAUUGAAUUAUUACGUUGUUUUAUUCCUUUGUUAUUCCUAAUUAUAGUGUUUUUGAUUCAUGCUAAUGUAUUAUUACAUUGUUUGAAAAUAUCUUAAUCAAAUAUCUCAUAUGUAUGCUUCAUAUUCUCUGUUGAUCGAAAUCCUUCUAUAUACCGUAAUCAACAUCAAAUAAUUUAUAAUAAUCUUCCAGAAUUACAAUUGUUUAAUAAAAAUGUAAUAUUAAAUUAAUUUGAAACUGUAAUGCAGAAACGUAAAUUUAAUAUAAAACGAUAAUUGAAUAUUUUUUUGAAUACAGAGAUUAUAUUCAUUAUUAUGUAAUGAUGUUGAUAAAUAUAUUACGGUACUUUGAAUUAAUUGUAUUCAAUAUUCUUUCAUAAUUGUAUUGAAAUUUUCAGUACUUAAUCAGCUACAGGUUUGAAGUCUGAUGUUACUUAAUGAAUAACAUGGUCUGGAUAAUUUAACUACUUAAUUCACUGGCAAAAAUUCAAUUUUAUAGUACUCAAUACCUUUAUAGUUCAAAACACUUUUAUGAGAUUGAAUUAUGAAAAUCUGGCCAGAACUUUAUGUAUCAAUGUUGAGUAAGUUAAUUUUUUCUCUGAUAAAACAACAAAUUAUUUUUAGUUGAAAAUACUGUACAAGAUUAUUAAUUCGAUUUUUUAUUAGUUUUUUGUGUUACAUUUAAUAUCUAUAUAGUACCUGGUGCUGUUUACGAUAUAAAACUAAGUGUUAGAUUGUUUAGAAAUAACGUAGCAGAAUACUUGAUAAUGCGAAUAUCUGUUAUGAGAUGAUAUUUAGUAUUAAUGGAAAAUGUUGAUAUUAAAUCUAUUAAACUAUAAAUAUGUGCCUUAUGUAUAAACCAUGCCUUUUCAAAUGAUUAAUGUGCCUAGCGUGUUAUAGAUAAUGCAGUAGAUUUAUAUCUAUUGUAAUAAUAUUGUUAUUGAAAAUAAUUAUUGAGAAAUUGGUACAGAUCGAUCAAGUAUAAUUGAAUGAGUUAUUUGUUUAUUAUUAAGCUACUGUAUUUGUAUGUUAGUAAUUGGAAUACCAAUUUUUAUCUUAACUAAUGUACCUUAUCGAAAUUUGUAUUUGAUGUGUCAAAAUCUAUCAUUCAUUCAACACAUAGCAUUUAUUAUAUUCUUGAACCAUUUGUAAAAAUAAGAAAAAGAUGCAAAUUUUGUUCUAGCUCUCCUCAAAAAAUGUUUUUUUAUUAUUGUAAAUAAUUUGAUUCAAGAAAAUGUCUUUGGAAAGCGAAAUACCGUAUUGUAAAUAAUUUUAUUCAAGAAAUUGUCUUUGGAAAGCGUGAUACUUUCAUUAUGGAAGAAAACAUUAUACAAGAUGCGAAAAGAAGUAAAAUUGUACAAGAUACAAAAUUAUCAUUUACAGUGAUUUUCAAUCCAGUUUUGUACGUAAGUUACAUCCAAUAUAUAUUUUUCCAGUAGCUUAUUGAUGGAAUCUUCCUUUUUUAUUUUUGUAGUAGUUACUCUGUAGCUUCACAAGUGAUUCUUUCUAGUGUUAGUUCUAGUUUUUACACGAUCAAUUUGAAAUUUAUUGUGGUACUUAAUCUCUAUUCCAGUAGGAACGUUGGCCGUUUUCAUUCAGAAUUUGUUUUAAAUUCAGUUGGUGUAUUCCACUAGUGUUUUUAUUUUCAAUGUUAAGUAGACUUAAACAUCCUUUAGAAGGCAAGUUUCACCAGAUCAUUAAUUACCGUUUCCGUGUUCAUCAACACCAAUUAAAUUAUAUUUUCAAAAUUUUGUAUUAUAAUCAAUUGUAAAAGAGGUUCAAGUAAUGAGGUUUAAAAGAGAGGCUUUUAAAAGAGGUUCUGUUCUGAAAGAGUCUGAUUAAAAGAAUCAAAAUAAAAUGUAACACGCAAUAAUUUCACAGUAAGAUGUUUUUCAAUAUUCCUUGUUCCAAAACAAUUUUUGUGAAAUUCUCAUAACAAAAUCAUUUCAAAUACAGUCUCUGUAUUUUGAAAAACAUUUAAAUAACUAGAUAUCGUGUUUUAAAAUCUGAAGGCAUUCUCUUGAACUAAUUAUUCAUUUUUCUCAUUGCUCCUUGUGAACCACCUAAACUCAUUUCUAUUUAAUUUUUCUCAGUAUGUACAAUAUAUUUUAGGAAAAAAUUGAUAUCUUUUUAGAAGUAUGAUGUCAACUGUACCAGACAAAUAUAUGCCUCAAAAAUGUGUUCAAAGUAAUUUAAAUGUUCAAAAUUGAUGAAAUGGUUUUCAAAUAAAAAUUUAUUG